AUUACAGUAUAAAUAUUUCGAAGAAGAGUGUUUGGGGAGGAAGUAAACAUCUGCUCACGAGACCUAAAAGGAAUCGAACCGACAGCCUAUCGCCGUUUUAUGACUAAUGUUUUGAUUUACGUCUUGUUUUGCUGCACACGCUUCUUGUGACAUGCAGGUGAAGAACACGCAGUUGGUGAAGACAAACAUCUGUCCUCCACAUCAGACACCACAGAUGUCCAACCGAUAAUCGAAGAUGAAGCGAUUCAAAAGUUUCCCGCUUUCCUUCGUGGCUCCAUGAAAGAUUUCACUGAUUUUGUCUUGCUGUAGCAUGUAGAGAGUGGCACGUCUCUCCCUGAGCUUCUUGAUCCAACAUGACGGACGUACUUGGCCAAAGGAGUUUGUUGGGCUUGGGUGUGUUGGUUGCAUGGCUGGUGCUGUUCCAUUUGCUUGUGAACAUCUGGUUGCUGUGUGUGUUCACAAGCCUUCUGGUUGUUCUUGGCGGCUGGCUGGGGUCACAAGCUGUUCUGGAGUCCAACAGCGUGGUUCACCUCGAAAGGUUUAUCACACUGGAGCAGAUUAAACCAUCUGAUGAUGAUGAGCUGCUGUUGGACCAAGAGAUUCACAAAACAGUCAGCAAAAUUGUGAGGGACUUUGUGUCCUCAUGGUACUCCUCUGUGUCUUCGGAGAGAAGGUUUGAAAUGGAAGUUCACGAGGCAAUGAUUUCCAUGGGUAUGGAGUUGAAGAUGCGUGCAAGAAAAGUGGAUCGAAAGGCUCUGACGCAGAGGAUCCUGCACCUGAUUGGCUCCCACUUGCAAGAUUACCUACGUGCCAAGGAACAAGUGACCAUGCUCAGAAAUCCUCCCGCGGCGAAGAGCAGUGAGGACAAGCAGAUGUGGAGGGCAUACUCCAGUAUGACCACACCUCACCCUGCCAUGGAGAGUGAGCUGGUGCACAUCAACUACACACGAGCGCUGGUGGAUAUGUUGCUGCACGUGUUGGUUCCGUCGCCUCACCUGGAAACACACACAGGACGUUUAGUUGUUGGAGAACUCAUCACUUGCAAUGUCCUGCUUCCGUUUAUGGCCAAACUCUCGGAUCCAGACUGGCUAAACCUUCUGCUGAUUGAAAUCUUUGGAGGCUCUUCUUACGAUGUAGACAAAGUGUCACCAGAUGCACCUAUUGCUUCUACACAACAAGUGCAGUCUCCUGUGCAAUUGGAGGGGCCCUUAAAUGAAGACUCAACAUCUCAGAAGACUACAGAGGCACCAUUCCCACAGGCAGAAGCUGCUCUGGCUCAAAAUGGUGACUGCGUCAAGACUGAAAGUUCUGCCUGUGACUUUGUCGAUGCUGAUGAUUUGGAAAGUCAGCAGAGCAUUGCUGAAGAAGAUCACGCACAGCCCUUUUUGAGGCAGUACAUGAGAGGAGCCAAGUCCAACCCCUUCUACCAGGAAAAUGAUUCUGAUCUGGACUCUCCAUUAGCUGACUAUAAGCGAAGCUCAAUCGACUCCUUGCUGAUGAUGGGCCAAGAAGAUGGCCUGUAUGGCAGACAAAAAGAAUAUGGAACUUCUGUUGAGAGCAACAGUGGCAAUGACUCGGAGGAUGUCUGUCCUAGUCCAGUCAAUGGCCACUGUCCUAAAGUUCUGGUGAAUUCAGUGGAUCAGUUAGACAGUAGUGUCUGUUCUCCAGUUCGGCAGGUGACGGGCCCCUCUUUUGGAAGCCUCCUCAGUGAUGAAAGAGAAGGAAGUUCUCCCUCCACAACUGCCACAAGAGAGCUUGUCCUUGGCGUAGAGAUUGGAAGACUGGGGAGCAGCAAUGAGCUGACUGUUGCCACACCACUGUCAGGCACUUCCCCAUUGGGUGCCUUCAGUUUUGAGGCCCUAAGUAGUCCUGAUGGACCAAUCAUCAUACAGAAUCUUCGAAUCACUGGGACCAUCACGGCCAAGGAACAUCGCGGCACAGGGUCGCACCCUUACACACUCUACACCAUUAAAUAUGAGACUGCCAUGGGCUGUGAGAACCCAGCGAGUGUCCAGUCCGUCUAUGAAGAGCCAGACACUUUGCAAACUGCUUUUGAGAGUUCUCCAUCUAUCCAGCCUGUGGCCUAUCACAUGGUCAACCGGCGGUAUAGCGAGUUUUUGAACCUUCAAACACGGCUGGAGGAAAGAGGAGAACUGAAGAAGCUCAUUAAAGGUGUCAAGGGUCCCAAGAAAAUAUUUCCAGAAAUGCCCUUCGGAAACAUGGACAGUGAGAAAAUUGAAGCCAGGCGAGGGAUGCUCGAGACCUAUGUUAAGCAUCUCUGUGCUGUUCCUGAAAUAGCCAACAGUGAGGAGAUGCAGGAGUUCUUAGCUCUCAAUACUGAUGCCAGAAUUGCCUUUGUGAAGAAGCCUUUCAUCGUAUCCCGCAUUGACAAGAUUGUGGUGAAUGCUAUUGUCGACACCUUGAAGACAGCGUUCCCUCGUUCAGAACCUCAGAGCCCAACAGAGGAUAGCGAAGAGAUGGAUGGCGGCAGGAUUAGCGGUGACAAAAAGAACAAGUCUCGGCUGAAAUUCUCCAGUAAGAGCAUCUCCUUGAUGAACGGUUCUGAUGUCAGACAACCAGUUUUGUUCAGUUCAGAACAAACUUGCACUAUGUUCAGCGGGAUGUCUUUGGAGAGUUUGAAAGCCUUUAUUAGUGGACAAGAAAAUCUGGCUGCUUAUCAAGAGCAGGACAGUCCAACACUUCGAGAAUUUGGAUUCUUCAUGCAAGACAAAUCAAGUGGGAAGCAGAGUCACAGUGAUGAAUCUGAAACAGCAUUGGCUGAAGUGGCCCUGAACAUCAUGUGCCUACUGAUGAAGGAGCAGUGGAGCUGGCUUUGCACUGAGAACAUCCAGAGGACCAUCCGGUUGUUGUUUGGAACCCUGAUCAACAGGUGGCUGGAUGUGAGUGUUGCGAACCUGACGUGCGCUGGCUACUGGGUGACGUACCUGCAGGUGAUCCAGGAGGCUGUGUGGCCUGGCGGGGUUCUUCCUACUUUGCCUCCAGUUGAACGAAGCCUGGAGCACAAGGAGAGAACAAAGCAGCAGGCCUUGCAUGUUCUGAUGGGACUUCUGCCAGACCUGAUCUCAGAUCUGCUUGGUUCAGAGAAGUACAAAAUCAGCUGGCAGAUUGUACUGGACUCUCUCCAGGACCCCUUCAUAAACAAGCACCUGCUUCACUGCAUAUUUGAUCUGCUGCUGGAGUCUCUGAUUCCUGAAUUACCAGAGCAGGACUUCCAGAGGAACCUGCUGCAGAGCCUUUCCAAGAACCCAGAGAAGCUCUUAGCAUGAGGAACAAGCUCCAGCGACACCCUGCUGGAUCUUGACCCCGUGCUGACUGGCAGCCUGUGGGUUUGAUAGGAGGACGGGUCGAGAGAGAGCGGAGAAGAGUGGCCGCGGUCAGACCAAAUCUCUAUCUCUAUUUAGACUCACACGCCAGCCCCUAAUGAAGUGUUGCUAUAUUGAUAUGAAGGCCUGAAACACAGUAUCCUGUUUAUACACACACGCUGACACGAUAUCACAAGCAGCUUUGACUACACAAGAGUGCCUUUAUGUUUUGGCUCACACGUGUGGCCAAACCUUCCCCAAUCUGCUGUCCCAUUUUCUCCCUGUGGUCUGCCCAUCCCUGCUCAGAGGAGAGACAGCGCACACCUGUUGUUCUCAUUCGGUCAGGCAGGAUUUGCCUUCUUUCUCCAGCUCAAUCCUUCAACACUCAGCGGGGAUUUAGCAUCACUCUUCUCUCUCUGCAGCGCCCCAAGGUGUGACUCUCACAUAAAUCUUCAUCUUCCAGCAGGUUCACACGUGUGGGCUGUUACUGACCUGCUCUGGGUCCAGUUGUGGCUCCAAAUAUGCACAUGGAGACCUAAUAAUGACACAUUUAUGGGCGGAACAGCCGUGUAUCAUCCUAGUUCUCCCAACAUAGUUAAUGUUAACUAUAAAUACAAAGAUGACAUUUUUGCAACUGAGAAUAAAAGUCAAUUCCAGAAGCAGCGUUGAGUCAUCUGCCAAAGGAAAUGAACCGUGAUAUGAAAAUAUAAAACAGAUUGCGGCCACUUUUCACAAACAAUUUAAAUAUUUUCUUUUGCCGCGCCACUUUCAUGAGUGGAAGCAUGCGUCACUGAUGCUGCAACACGUGCCGUCUUGAGAUAGUUCUGCUGUUUUCCUUGUCGAAACUCGCCGCUCAUGGCUCUCACCUGAAAACAUGCCACGUGCCGGCAGAUGCACUUUUGAAAUGUAACCGCACCUUGGUUGAUCUUCUUUGUGGUUAGGAGCUUUUUCCUGAUAGAGAUGAAGUUACUUGAGUCUCACAACGCUGAUGAUCUCAUUCCACGUGUUUGCUUCUCUGUCAUUCCUAACACCUUUGUUUUUCACUGGACUGUUACUGCUGUUUAACUCUUCAUUAUGCCAGCAACCCAGGUGUUAUCUUUGUACUGAGUCAUUCCCUCAGCUGAAGCAAGGACCAAUCUAUCCAAUCCAAUCGCUCGUCUUAGAUGAUGAAAUCUGGAGCUGCGGGCACUUUAACUUUCUCCUGUCUGACUGAAUUCACUUAUUUUACUUUCAAAACAAACAUCUACAUCGUAUCACAAGCUAUAAUGAUUCAGUCUGAAGUUACUGUCGUGACCUUUAUCAUUCCCUGGAACACAUUUCUCCUGAUGUCAUUAAGUUAUUAUUGCUGUGACUCCGUGUGUGAAGUAUCGAUGUUACACUGCACUAUGAUGCUGACAAAUGUAGGUGUCACUGAAGUUACAUAUUAACUCUAUAAAGUCACUUAAUGAAGCAGGAUUCUGCACUUUGAAAGAAAGCAAACUGCCUUUUACUUAUACAAGCCUUUGUGGUAGGAAUAGUCUUGUGGCUUCUGUCUGUGUUGAACUAUGGUUUUGUAAAUGUGCUGAAGAGAAAGGACUAAGGUGAGGAGAAUCAUUGGUGUUCCCUUGCAUUCGGCCUUACAGGAAGGAAGUGUUUGUGUUGUUUUCUACUGUGUUGAAACUGUUACUUGUCUUGUGAAAUAAAGCACUCAUACAUAAAUUGUUCAGUGUUCAGACGCAGCUGUUGCUAUUGGUGUGUUAGUGAAUAAUGUUUUAUGUUAGUUUAGCUGAUGAUCGAUACGAGAUCAUUUGCAAUAUUAGUUCAAAAUGAAACGUUCAAAAAAGUGUUGGUCACUGAGGUGGAUUUGGGUGCCGUCCUCUCACUGGCCUGUCAUCUUUCUCUAGGGUCAAACCUUUUCAGCUGAACGGAGAAAUACAUUUCUUUGUGCCAUUAGCUGGGUGCUAUUUAACUUGGAAGACUAGUGAAGAUUAAAAAAUGUACAUCCUGCUAAUGGCUU